UUCAACACCCACCAUAGCCUCAACGAUGCCGGCGAAACUUUACCCUCCAUCAAUACUAGCAAGAGCUUAUACCCUCUAUGCGACGUGAGUUACAGCGAGUACACUCCCUGUGAGGAUGCAAAGAGAUCGCUCAGGUAUAGCAGAGAUAGGUUGAUAUACAGGGAGAGACACUGUCCCGAGAAGAGUGAGCUCUUGAAGUGUCGCGUGCCGGCACCAUAUGGGUACAAAAAUCCGUUUGCGUGGCCGAAAAGUCGGGAUCUUGCGUGGUACGCGAAUGUACCGCACAAGGAGUUGACAGUGGAGAAGGCGGUGCAGAAUUGGAUCAGAUAUGAAGGAGAUAAGUUUAGGUUUCCGGGAGGGGGGACUAUGUUCCCAAAUGGUGCUAAUGCGUACAUUGAUGACAUUGGGAAGUUUAUCAAUCUUAAAGAUGGGUCUAUUCGGACCGCCAUUGAUACGGGCUGUGGGGUUGCAAGUUGGGGAGCAUAUCUUCUCUCCCGUGACAUCCUGCCAAUGUCAUUUGCCCCGAGGGACACACACGAAGCUCAGGUGCAAUUUGCUCUGGAGCGAGGUGUUCCUGCUUUGAUUGGUAUCAUUGCCUCUAAGCGACUUCCUUACCCAUCCAGAGCUUUUGACAUGGCCCAUUGCUCUCGCUGCCUCAUUCCAUGGGGCCAACAUGGUGGGCUUUUCUUGAUUGAAGUUGAUCGGGUUCUACGCCCCGGUGGGUACUGGAUUUUGUCUGGACCACCCAUCCACUGGAAGAAAUAUUGGAAAGGUUGGGAAAGAACAAAGGAAGAUUUGAAUGCUGAACAGACAACCAUUGAGAAUGUUGCUAAAAGCCUUUGCUGGAAAAAGUUGAUAGAGCAGGAUGAUAUUUCUAUAUGGCAAAAGCCCAACAAUCACUUAAACUGCAAAGUUCACCGUAAACGUCUCACCCAAAAUCCACCUUUCUGCCCAGGCGCUCAAGAUGCUGACAAGGCCUGGUAUACUGAAAUGGAGACUUGUUUGACAACCCUGCCUGAAGUUUCCAACAGUGAAGAAAUAGCGGGUGGAGAGCUGGCAAAAUGGCCUGAAAGACUGUAUGCGAUCCCGCCUAGGGUUAGCAAGGGAACUGUGUCGGGCGUAGAGGAAGAGGUUUUCCAACAAGAUGCAGAACUAUGGAAGAAGAGGGUGUCAUAUUAUAAAUAUGUAAACCAACAGUUAGGACAAGCUGGGAGGUACCGCAACGUUUUAGACAUGAAUGCUCACUUGGGUGGCUUCGCUGCUGCGCUAAUUGAUUACCCACUUUGGGUGAUGAAUGUGGUUCCUGUCGAGGCAAAGGUUAACACACUUGGAGUAAUAUACGAAAGGGGAUUGAUUGGAACAUAUCAGAAUUGGUGUGAAGCCAUGUCUACUUAUCCAAGAACUUAUGACCUCAUUCACGCUGAUUCCGUCUUUAGUCUGUACAAAGACAGAUGUGAAAUGGAAGACAUUCUGCUGGAAAUGGAUAGAAUUUUGAGACCAGAAGGAAGUGUAAUCUUCAGGGAUGAUGUUGAUGUUGUGAUAAAGAUCAAGAAUGUUAUCGAUAGAUUGGAAUGGGACAGUGUAAUUGUUGACCAUGAAGAUGGGCCUCAUCAGAGAGGGAAGCUUUUACUUGCGGUGAAGAAUUAUUGGACUGCUACGGAUGAUGGAUCAAGUAGUCCUCUCAAAGAGAACAUGGAUAGGACACUUCAAGCAUCAAAUAACUUGGACUUGAAUGUGGAGCAGGACUGUCGCAGCCCGAAAUUUAUGCAUAGUAAUGGCAUUCAGUCCAAUCUUUACUUAAAGGAUGGAGUCAGUAAAGAUGCAGCACUUAAAAUCGGUACAGAAUUUGAAUCAGAUGAACAUGCAUACAAAUUCUACAACAAGUAUGCCAGAUUAGUAGGUUUCAGCGUUAGGAAAGACUGGGUAAAUAGGAGCAAGGUACAUGGUCAGGUGGUAUCUAGGAAGUUCACUUGCUCUAGAGAGGGUUACCGGAGGAAGGACAAAAGAGACAUUAAUGUGAAGAAACACCGAAAGGAAACUAGAACCGGUUGCUUGGCACAUAUGAUUAUUACUCGUCAACCUGAUGGUAAAUACCAGGUUACACAUUUUGAAGAACAACAUAAUCAUGACAAUGUAAACCCAACUAAUGCUCAAACCUUGUCAUUGCAAAGAGAAUUUAGUUGUUCUCCUGAGACUGAAGCUGGCUCUGCUACUAAUUUGGAAUCAUGCUCAACGUCAACAUUUGAAUUGAUGACUAGACAACUUGAAGUCCGGGAAUCUCUUGAUGUUCUUGCCCUUGAUUCUGACAAUUAUCUUCAAUCUGAAAGAUUAAGAGAUAUUAAGGAGGGAGAGGCAGGACGUUUGUUGCAUUAUUUUCAAAGGCAGCACUUUGAAAAUCCAUCAUUCUUUUAUGCAUUACAGCUUGAUAUUGAUGACAAGGUAACCAACAUAUUUUGGGCUGAUGAUAACAUGGUACUGGACUAUGACCAUUUCAGCGAUGUGAUCUGUUUAGACACAACUUCCAAAUCAAAGAAAGACUUUCCCCCAUUUGUACAGUUUAUAGGAGUAAAUCAUCACAGACAAGUCUUGAUUUUUGCUGCUGCACUUUUAUAUGAUGACACUGUCGAUUCUUUUAAGUGGCUAUUACAAACUUUCAUAGAAGCAAUGUCUGGGAAGAAGCCAAAGGCUAUUCUCACAGAUCAAGAUGCAGCAAUUAUUGAAGCAAUGAAUUCAGUCUUACCAGAAACAAGCCAUCGUAUAUGUGUAUGGCAGAUGUAUCAGAAUGCUCUCAAACACCUUAGCCUUUUAGUAAAAGAUGUGGAUUCCUUUGCCAAAGAUUUAAAGAGCUGUAUUUAUGACCACAAGGAUGAGGAAGAUUUCAUUUGUGGCUGGGAGUCUAUGCUGGAAAAAUAUGGUCUUCAGCACAAUGAGUGGUUAAGAUGGAUGUUUAGAGAAAGAGAGAAAUGGGCUGUGGUAUAUGGUAGGAAUACUUUUUUUGUUGACAUGAAUGGCUUACAUCUGGGUGAGUGUUUAUUUAAUGACUUGGGGACUCGCUUGAACUUGGACCUUGAUAUUCUUCUUUUCAUAAAAUAUUUUGAAAGGGUAGUAGAUGAGCAACGUUGCAAAGAAACUGAAGCUAAUGAUGAAAUGAGCAGAUGCAUGCCAAGACUAAUGGGAAAUGUGGUUUUAUUAAAGCAUGCCAGUGGUGUUUACACUCCAAGGGCAUUCGAAGUACUUCAGAGGGAAUAUGAGAAGUGUUUAAAUGUUGUUGUUAACAGGUGCAGUCAGAAUGGGUCAUUGAUUGAGUAUAAAGUGAAGAAAUUUGGACAAGCUCGCGAACACACUGUUACCUUCAAUUCUUCUGACUCUACAGUUGUUUGCAGUUGUAUGAAGUUCGAAUAUGUUGGUUUUCCAUGUAGCCAUGCACUGAAAGUACUUGAUCAUCAGAAUAUAAAGAUUAUCCCUUCCUGUUAUAUCCUGAAGAGAUGGACAAAAGAUGGAAGGUCUAGAAGCGUGAAAGAUUGUUACAAUUUUACCAUCGAAGAUAAUCCUAAGUUGGUUGUCGCAAGCCGCUACAAAAGUUUGUGCCACAGAAUGCUUAAGUUGUCAGCCAGGGCUUCUGAGUCUGAGGGAGCAUUUCAAUUUGCUGCCAGACAACUUGAUGAGCUGAUGGAAGGGGUGGAGAAAAUUUUGACCUUAAAACCUGAGGAUGCUCAAGCUAUCACCUCAAGUAGCACAGGUGCAAAUGCCUCUGAAAGUGAGCAUGCAGAGACUUUUCUGGAUAGAAAUGCAAUUGAUGAUCAGGAUGAGAACAGAGUAAAAGGACCAAAAGAAAAGGUGAGUGGUAAUUCUGAUAGAGGUCCACCAGUCAAUGUGAAUGGAAAACUUUCUCAUACCAAAGGAGUUCAGAAUAUAGAAGCAUCCCCACAGGAUAUUGUGACCUGCAUUUCAAGUCCCUCAAGGGCAUAUAUUUCACCUCAAGCCACCACACCAAAUACCAUUAUGCAGGGUAUGUACAAUUUUGAAGCAAAUCAGGUGGUUCAGUGCAUGUACCAGCAAUCUAAUCUGGUCAUGGACCAGCAACCCAAUCCUGACAUAUAUCAACCAGCUAACAUCUUCUCUAACCAACAUGAUUUACCUGGCCAAUCUCAACUAUUACAGGAACCUCUAAUCCAUAACCCAUACCACGAGUCUGUCUCAAGCACCAGUCAAUUGAGGCAGGCAAUGGAUCUUGAUGUCCAACAUGAACAUUCAUCUUCGUUCUUACUUUUUGACGAGAGAUACAGAGCUUCCAGCAACUAUCUUGGGCCCAAGUGAAAAAUAAGGGAAGUUAUACUUCUCUCUCAUCAUUGUCUGUCGUGUUCUGUACAGUAUCAAAUUCUUGAGUUCAUACAUUAACCUCAAAGGAUAUAAAGGCAGCUUUACUUCACAAACCAAAAUAUAUUGUAUUUUGCUCCGUUCCUUUUU